CGGUACAGAAUAUGGAAGCAGAUUCAACGGAUAAACAGGUUUCUGAUACUAAUGAAGUUGAUAAUAUAUCCAAAAAUACGGUUUCGGAAGACCAUAAUACUAUAAUAGCUAACGCGAAAGCUGAUGGCACAUUGACUACAAAUGAAGUAGUUUCUUUGUCAAAAAGGAUUGAAUCUGAAAAAAAAGCUAUUGGAGGAUUUAUUGCAGGCAUACCUGAUUUAGAAACAGCAGACCCAGAAACUGAACGACCUGGAAUAAUCAGUAACUUUGAAGGAACGCAAAAAAUGCCUGCAGAUGUGAUUGAAAAGAGGCCUGAUUUUGGAGCCGUACUUGAUAGUGAAAAAGAUGACUUGAAUAAAAAAUCCUUGUGGGAUAUAGAAGGGAUUGUUCCUUCACAAGCAGAACCUGAUGAGUCUGGUAUACUUUCGACUGACACCUUUAAAAUGCAUACAGGAUCAAAUCUUUCCCAAGCAAAGGUGUCAAAAAACAAAGUUGUUGACUCAACAGCUUCUUCAGAGACUUUUGAAGUUGCAAGCAGAGCUAACAGUAAAGCGGACCAUGCUCUUCAAAGACCCACUCUUGAUAAUAUUCUUGGAAUUCCUCCACCAACCGUUCCCAAAACAACCGAAAAAUAUUUUUCUGAAGUUACAAAAACCGCUCUUCAAAUUUCUUUAGAAAAUGUACCUACUUCCAAUAUGGGCAGAGGGUAUCCUAAAAGUGUUGAAGGAGAAUCUCUAACAGGAGUGGAAAAUAAGCCAACGUCUGAAGAGUCAAUUUUAAAAAGAGUAUCAGAAAAUACUGAAGGUGUUAAUGUAGCUGAUGAAAUGGAAACACCUGAUGCAUCUGGGACCGAUGAACCUAUUGGAAAUAGAAUUGGCGGCCCAAUAGAACAAAAUUUCCCAGGAUCGAUACUUCGAUCAUCUGUUAAAAAUGUAGCUGCUUCCAGUAAUGUUGAGGAAAAGUUUCUAGCAGAGGUGGAUGAUGAUGGUGCUGUAGGUAUGACAGAACCAACUUCUGAAGAACUACUUAGACCAAAAUUAACUGACGUGACGGUUAAUACAACUAAAUUGGAAAGAGUUGAUGCUGUUAGAGUUGAUGUAACAUCUGUUCAAAAUGAAAUUUCUGAUUCAGCGGUACAAUACCCAGAAACUGUACUUCGAAGUUCAAUCGAAAAUAAGACAGAAUUGACUACAGAAAAAUCAGAUGAACAAAACGGAACACAGGGUACUGCUUUUGCUAAUUCACCAAGAAUUGGUGCAACAAGACAGGAUUUAUCUCACAUUCAAAAUGAUCUGGAAGUAUUGGAGAAAGUUUCGCACAGCACCACUAAGGAAGAAACUGUACCAGAAUCCAUAGUAGGAGCUGAUCUUGGGGGUACCAACUUUGCAAAUCCUGUUGUGAGAGAAAAAACAUUAGUCUCAGUUGACUCUCAAAAUAUAAAUGAAGCUCAGCUUACGAAAAAGGUUUUUGAAGGGGUUAAGGAUCUGGAAGGGGAGAAUAAGAAGUUUGCCAAAGCAGAUGUUGUUGAUGAGGGUGGACGAGUUCGAGAUUCAUCCGUCAAUGUAGUCUCAAAUGGAACUGAAGUUGUAGGAAGAGCUAAGGUUGUGGGAAGAAAGUUUGAGCAAGAAGUUGAUAAUGAAGCUUUCCUGGGUGCUAUUGAAGAUUCUUCUAAAGGAUCAUCAACUUCGGACGCUCUACUAGGUUCCACAACAAAAAGUAAAACUGCUUUGAACGACGGCAAUGUUAUAUCUGAUACAAGCAUUCUCAAACAGAAAGCUAGAACUUCGGAAGCCAAAGGAAUGCUUAAACAGGAGAAAUCUCAGACAGUUUCUUCAUAUGUAAGAGGAGAUGAAAAAGACGAUUCUGAAAUUGACGAGUUCAUAGAAAGGGAUUCUAAUGGUGGUGAUACUAGACUUCGGGAUUCAAUCAUUGUUCGUGCAGAAGACGUAAAUCAAGAAAGGGGUUCUGGUACUUCACUAAACGGCAGCGUGUUAGGAGCUGAGCGUGAAGAUAUGGAAGAUAUGGAUGACAUGGUAGCUGAAUCCUCACAAAAUAAGGUCAUGAACGUUGUAAUACCGGAUGAAUUCCUUGGUUGGUCGAAACCGAGCGACAUCCCGACCACUAUAAAUAUUGUCAUACCACCUAAACCAGUACCGCAAGAAAGUGUUAAUGUAGAGAAAGAAGAUCUGACAGAGGCAGAAGAACCACUAGAAGAACAAGAAAGACAUGAUGGAUUUGCUAAUCUAGAAACCCUUGAGGGUGACGAACUGGUAGGUAACAGAGAAGCAGAAACAAACGUAGAUGCUGAAAGGGAGAACCAAGUAAAAGACUACGAUGAAGAAGAUGAGGUAAAAGUGAAUAAUCGGAAUAGAGAAUUUGACGAAAGUCCAAAAAUAGGAAGUCAGUUAAGAGAUAGAGAUGAAGAAGACGAAGAAAAUGAACGAGGGCUAGGCGACGAUGUACCGAAUAAUUUCGACGAAGACCGAAAUGAAGACCAAAUUUCAAACGCAAUACACCCUAAUACAGAUAAUAACAAUGAAGAGGAAGAUGAGGAUGAAAUUUUGGAAGAAGUAAAUGAAGCUGAUAAUGAUAACGAUCGAGGAGCCCCGGACACGUCUGAUAGGCCUGGAAAAUGGAUACAAAAUUACCGAGAAAGGUUGACCAGCUUAACUAAGACAGCUAAAGACAGCGCUAAGGUAAGGGAAGAAGCUCCCAGGGUAACUGAGGAAGACGAACCUGCUUUUCCCCAGAAAGUUGCGGGAUCAAGAUCCAAGAUAGGCAAGAUCCUGGAAGGAUUCAGGGAAAGACUGAACAAAAAUAAAAUUGAAGGGGGUAGAAGUAUACUUUCUUCGUCAGGUCAAGACCGAUUUACCAAUCAAGAGACACAUUCUAAGAAAGUAGAAGCCAUUGAAGGGGAAGAUGUUGAGCUAGAAGGUGAUGAAAGAUUAACAAAAACUGGACAAAAGCAAAACCGAAAUCAAGAUGCUGAUCAUGAAUUGCGGUUAGAAGGAAAAUUAGAUUCCGAUACCCGCGAGCAGCCUCGAGAUUUUGCAUUGAGAACAUCUGACAUCCAAAAUCAUGAGAUUAUACACUCGACUCAUAAAUUAUCGGAUUUCCCUUUUAAAAACGUGGCAACUACAGGAAAUGGAAGGUUAACCUCAGAAUCGCAUCUCAAAGUUUCUGAAGACCGCAUAUCUGCUGAUUCUCCGCAGCCCACUGCACAGCAGUCCUCUCAAGACCUCUUAGAUGAUACCAAACCAAGAGAAACGCAAUCACAACUUCAGGAAGGAUUGAACAUUGAUUCUCCAUUCAAAUUCGCACCUGGAGAAGACCCAACGUGGCAAGAACCUGAUAGGGAACUAGCUCUUAGUGGAAUCAACCAAGAAAAUCUGUUACCGACAAUAAAAAGUACUAUUUUUGAGGAUCACUUCUCUUCAACACCAAGUCUUCAAGAAAUAAUCAGCUCUGCCAGAGAUAAGUUCAGAAAGACUUUUGCGGAAAGCACAAGGAAUUCGGAAAGCAAAAGUCCUGAAACUGUGACUGGUACAAGUUCAGACAGAACCCUUAAGCCUAAUUUAGGUCAAGGUAACAAGCUGUAUAACACUUUCAAAACAGAUCCAGAAUCACAGGAUGCUUCUAGAUUGGACAGACUUUUAGGAGAUUCUACGACCUUACAACAAAGUCCUGGUAUAGAGCAAGUUCCAGGUGAUGGUGCAAUACCUAUAAGCAAGCUCCUGAAUCCUGACAUACUACGCGCAGAUGGAGAAGUAGUUGGCCAAUCCGUCAAGACAAUUGGACAAGGCACAGGCCAAAUGAUCCAAGACACAUCUAACAUCCUAGGGGACACUAUUAUCAAGACUAGCGGGCAAGAUUCUUCUGGUAUAGGAAACAUCUUAGGUUAUGUUGAUGAUCUAGCUUCCAGGAGCAAUGUGCAAGAGAUUUUAAAUAGAAACUCAGGAAGUUCAGAUGAUAAAACCUUGAGCCAGGUUCUCGACAAGAGCUCUGCUGAAAAUUCCGGUCGUACAUUAUAUACACCUCCAAAAAUAUCGCCAUUGGACAACACUGGUACUCCAAGGUUCAGCUUAGGUACCUCAAAUCAAGAAGACACGAUUGGUAAAGAAUUAACUCCACCAUUUAGCAGAUUCGGAAACUUCGAUCUGGGAAAACUAGCUUUUCCCUCUACUUUACAACCGUUCAACAAAAUUGAGGAUGCAAAUCUCAGACCACCAACUGAAGAACAUGGUUUUAUAGGACUUACAUCGCCCAUCACUCUUAAACCUCUAAACAGAAUUGAUUCAACUCCGACAAAUGUUGGCUUGGGUGUUCCACAAUCUGAGCUGGUUGUAGAGCCUCCAGGUCUUGAUACAAGUGAUAGUAGCGAGGAAGAACUGAAGACUGGUCAAACUGGGUUCUCCAGAGGGUCAAACGAUGGCAUCGUGAGGCAAAAUCAAGCAGUAGUAGCUGAAGGUCUUCCAGCUAUUGGGAAAUUUGAUGUCCACACGCCGUUCAGCAAACUCCGUAGCAGUGUGAAUAAACCCUCAACAGCUAAUCCAAUAUCCAACUUCGAGACCGCAAAAAAUGCUCUAUUGAAGCUCCAGCAACUUACAGAUCGGCUACGAAAGAAAGAUGAUUCCGGCAAAGUGGGCAGUCCUAAUACUGGAAAACAGCCGUCAGUUAGCGAUGUGGUGAAGGUACUUCAAGAGAUAUCCAAAGAGGUCAUCACUACAGCCGAGAAUGUUUCUAAGAGCAAAACAAAGAACGCUAGACCAACUGAUGUUACUGACAAUAUCGUUGGAAGCCAGAUUCUAGAAAACAGCUGGGAAAACCUACAACCGUACGUUCCAAGAGACAGUCUCCCAUUCACGAGACCAAAGUUCACUUUGCCUCACCAACAACUUCUUGUGGGUCUGACGCCAAGCACUACUAUCAGCACUCCUUUACAGACAUCUAGUGAGGUAUCUCUGCUGCAAAGGAUUCAAGAUCGCUUCUCAACCUUCUUUACCACCCCAUCUUCUGUCAAGGCUAUGGAUCUGAGAAUGGAUCAAACUGGAAGUUCUGAGCCUUCGUCGACAUUGUACCCACCUUUGGUGUUUGGCAAGAACAAAAAAGUACAACAACCAUUCAAGGUAGCACCACCGAAACCUGUUCCAGAAAUUUUGCCUGUGAAGACUGAAACCACCACAAGUGAAGGUUUGGUCCAACUAUCACUUGAUAGCUCUGAACCUUCUGUACCUUCUUCGACAAUGUAUCCUCCCAUAGUCUUUGGCAAGAGCAAAAAAGUAGAACAAAAGUUCACUAUCUUAACUCCAAAACCUGAUCCAGCAGCCUUACCUGUGAUAAAUGAAAACGCCACAACAACCCAAAGUGAUGGUUUGGUCCAAUUACCUCUUCAUAGGUCUGAACCGUCUAUACCUUCUUCGACGAUGUAUCCUCCCGUGGUAUUUGGCAAGAGCAAAAAAGUAGAACAAAAGUUCACUAUCGUAACUCCAAAACCUGAUCCAGCAGCCUUACCUGUGAUAAAUGAAAACGCCACAACAACCACAAGUGAAGGUUUGGUCCAACUAUCACUUAAUAGCUCAGAACCUUCUGUACCUUCUUCGACAAUGUAUCCUCCCAUAGUACUUGGCAAGAGCAAAAAAGUAGAACAAAAGUUCACUAUCUUAACUCCAAAACCUGAUCCAGCAGCCUUACCUGUUAAAAAUGAAAACGCCACAACAACCCCAAGUGAUGGUUUGGUCCAAUUACCUCUUCAUAGUUCUGAACCGUCUAUACCUUCUUCGACGAUGUAUCCUCCCGUGGUAUUUGGUAAGAGCAAAAAAGUAGAACAAAAGUUCACUAUCGUAACUCCAAAACCUGAUCCAGCAGCCUUACCUGUGAUAAAUGAAAACGCCACAACAACCACAAGUGAAGGUUUGGUCCAACUAUCACUUAAUAGCUCAGAACCUUCUGUACCUUCUUCGACAAUGUAUCCUCCCAUAGUAUUUGGCAAGAGCAAAAAAGUAGAACAAAAGUUCACUAUCUUAACUCCAAAACCUGAUCCAGCAGCCUUACCUGUUAAAAAUGAAAACGCCACAACAACCCCAAGUGAUGGUUUGGUCCAAUUACCUCUUGAUAGCACUGAAACUUCUAUACCUUCUUCGACGAUGUAUCCUCCUUUAAUCUUUGGCAAGAACAAAAAAGUACAACAAAAGUCCACUGUAUUGACGCCGAAGCCCGAUCCAGCAACUUUGCCUGUGAUAAGUGAAAGCACCACAAGCACAUCAAGUGAAGGUUUGGUGCAACUACCUUCAGGAUUUGCAAGUGUAGACGAUGAUCGACUUGGAGCCGCGAAACCAAUCCAGUUUGAUAUUGACAGGGAGCUACCAGUAUCUAUUAACAACAUGAUGACGUCAAGAGAUCAAGUAGCGAGUCACCUUGGUGUUGAUGAAGAUAUGGUGGAAGACGCUCCAACAAUGUCUUUCUCCAGCAGUGACAGAGUGGAAAAUAUGCAUCCCAUCAAAGAACCAGAAGAUGCGUCUUCGCCAACUCUGGCUUCAAGACAUCAAACCAGCAUCGCGAUCUCUGGAGAAACGCCUAGAGAUAUCUACUUCGUCGGUACAGGUAUGAAGCUUCCUCUACAGAUGGUGAAGAAAGAAGGUGGUGAGGUCCACUUGUCCGUUGACAUUGACAAGCUGUGUGCUUGUAAGAAUAACUCCAACUGUACCAAAACCCAAACUGUAGAAAAAAGAGAGUUGAAAAAGGAUCUGGUGGUUGGCGAGAGCUCCAGCAACGUUCUAGCUAUCGAUCGGCCUGUUGUUGAUAUGGAGAAGACGACUGAUGAUGGUUCUGUGAAGAAGAAUACACCAACUCACCGAAGUUUGAGGGACGUGAAGGAUAGAUAUACAGUAGAAUGGGAGAUCGAGGAACCUGAAGAAAGUCAUAGUGGAGAGCAUAGAAUAGAGAUUGAAAUUGAUGAUCCUAUCAUAAUACCCGUGAAAUCAUACGCUCAUACUGAAGAGACCAUCAACACCGAAGUUUCAAAUGAGUUUCCAUCGAACACUGGAAACGUAGACUUAAAGCAUACCCAGCUAACAAAAAAUAUAUCUAGUGAAAAACUGGAUACUGAAAGAAAUGUUAUAAAAAAGAUACAUGACAAAUUAUCCAGUAGCCACUCUAUGGAACCAGAUGUGGGGUUAUCAAAAAUGGCUCAGGAUCACAGCCGUAUGAGCAAAAAUGAAAACCAAGCAAUGAAAUUUUCACAUUCUGAUGUUCUACUCAUCAAAAAUGCCGAUGAAAAUGACCAAAAGGACACAAAGAGUGAUCAAAGUCUUCAAUAUAAUAACCCAUUCAGAAGACUCAAUCUUCCAGAUGUUAUCAGUAGAAGCCCUCUAGAUACCAUAGAAACUACCGAGAAACCUACGUAUCUCUCCAACCUUCUGAAGAAACUGCGUUCCAGAAUGCCUGCUCAAGAACUAAGAACCACAAACACCAAUCUGAAGUCACCAUUUGCAUCGAAUUUUUUCACUAACAGAAUAAAGAAACAAGAGGCAGAGGUUUCUCGAGAACAACAGACCACAAAACUUUCUGGUGUACUAAAAGAUCGUAACUUGGAUAGAUAUAAUAAUUUGGCAUUGAGGCACAGGUUAUUUCCAACACUUGGGAGGCAGAGAGAACCGAUAGCUAGGUUAGAAAAGAAUGCUGAUGAGGAAAGUGAAGAUGAGAAUGAGGAAAAACAAGAGACUGGAAUUGUGAAGAAUUUGUUUGGUUGGAUUAAAAAUUUAAAUAAGCAGAAAAUAUAGAAUAUUACGAGUUUUGUUUUUACAAAUUUAUAUUUUUUAUAAAAUAAAAGUGAAAAUAUUUA